GCCGCGCCGCCGCUCUCCGCGCCCUCCCGUCCGUCCACCCGCAGCCCGCCGCAGCCCGCCGCCUCGCCAUGCCCAACUUCGCCGGCACCUGGAAGAUGCGCAGCAGCGAGAAUUUCGACGAGCUCCUCAAGGCGCUGGGUGUGAACGCCAUGCUGAGGAAGGUGGCGGUGGCGGCUGCGUCCAAGCCGCACGUGGAGAUCCGCCAGGACGGGGAUCAGUUCUACAUCAAGACGUCCACCACGGUGCGCACCACCGAGAUCAACUUCAAGGUCGGAGAAGGCUUCGAAGAGGAGACCGUGGACGGACGCAAGUGCAGGAGUUUGGCCACUUGGGAGAAUGAGAACAAGAUCCACUGCACACAGACUCUCCUCGAGGGGGAUGGCCCCAAAACCUACUGGACCCGCGAGCUGGCCAACGACGAGCUCAUCCUGACGUUCGGCGCCGAUGACGUGGUCUGCACGAGGAUUUAUGUUCGGCAGUGAAGGCGGCCGGCUUGCUCCUAUUUUGGGGUGGGAUGCAUGUUCCCCUGAGAAAUGGCAUAGGUCUGAGCUGCCAGUGGACCCCCCCACCCCACAUCAACGUUAGGUGACCCCAUUUCCCUCGUGAUGGUGUUGUAGUGUUUCCCCCCAAGGCCUCUGUACCCC